GAAUUAUAUGUAGGGCAGAUGAUUACGUUUAUGCUAUGUAGAAGGCGUCGCAGUCGACUGAAUAAAGUUAAAAUGUCUAUUUGAUGUAUAAUUUUUAAAGACAACAAUGGACACAAAGGGGGAAACAUCAGAAUUGCAACAAUUGGUAUCCAGUGAUGCAGAAAACGAAGAUAGCAUUGUCCAAGAUGACAAUCCUUCAGAAGAAAAACUUGUUUCACCAGUCAGAAGCAAUAAAAUCUCCUCAUCUGGAAACACAAGCCACAGCUCCGUAAAUCGUUCCUUUCAUAAAGGAAGUGCUGCAGUGAAUGUGGGCAAUUCCAGAAUACAGUAUGUAAAUGAGAAGAAGAAUAAUAAAGACACCAAUAAAACUGCCACAGCAAGACCAAGGAAUAUACAUAAAGAUCCUAGUACCACAGUAAAACACCAUUCUUUUCUUUCACAAGUGCCUGAUGUGAGGCACAUGGAGAGGGCUUUGUUGGGACUGCUGGAUGAUUUCCAUUCGGGUAAAUUGCGGGCCUUCGGAAGUGGCUGCACCAUGGAACAAAUGACCAACAUACGAGAACAACAAGAGAAACUUGCCAGACUACACUUCGAUUUAGGAGCCGCCGCUGUGCCAUCGUUGAAUGACGAAAGCUUACAAAGACAGAAAAAUAAUAUGAGCCAGCUAAUUCGCAGAUUGGAGCAGUUGAGUUUAUCCAUUGAAGGAUUGCACAAUAAUACAAAAAAAUAGGGGCGCAAAGUUUUUAUUAUAUGUGGCUGUGUUUUAUAAAUAUGUAUAAUUUAUUUACAGUUUUGUUUUUAUAUAAUAAAAUGUUUAUAAGGUG